CUUGGAUUCAGCUAAAUAUUACGUUCUGUCUAUUAAUUACAAUAACUUCACAAUUCGAAUAGUAGAUGCCCUUAUCCAAAAGGAUAACUGCUCCUCCUUUCCUCGCCAUUCUUUGAACCAGUUCUAUAAUCAGUAUUGGGAUACUCCAUAUUUCCGGUAUUUUUGGCCAGAAGCCGAGAAUUAUGAUGAAUACAAAAAGAGCAUAGUUUUGGUAAACUGUGAACAUCGAAUACUGGAUUCUCCACUUUAUGUGGAUGCUCAUCCUUGCAUCAAUAGCACGUAUUAUUCAGAUAGUUAUGGCAUCUUUUCUGCCAAAAGAAGCGAUGGACAUUUCAUAUCUGGAUGUUCACCGCAUUAUGUCAUAUGGGUUUGAGAUUUCAUGGUUUAGGACUUGCUGUGACAACUAUGAGGAAAACCGCUGCAACCUCGCCAACACUACGGAACACUGUCCCGGAAUAGGAACAGCAACAGAAACGAACCUGCUCCGUCAAGAUGUCAGCUGCCUGCUUCAGAGUGUACGCUACCUGGGUAGGAAAGAUACUGAUGGUUAUGUUGAAAAAUUAGAAGACAUAUUUGAUUGUGCCAAUGACUUGAUUUAUGACCUGUAUACUAACGGAAUUCCCAAUGGUAAGGAUGCUUACACUCUAUUGCAAGUUUAAUUGUGCUAUAUUUGG